AUGAACAAGACCAAUGAUAGAACUGAUCACAAGGAAUGGAUACGUGUAUAUAAUGAGCUAAUAUCAGGAUCAGUGGGUGGAAUGUCAUCGAUGUUGGCAGGUCAUCCAUUCGACACAAUCAAAGUUCUGAUGCAAGAUGCAUCAGGUAAUCUACCCAAGUUUAAAAGUGGUUGGCAUGCACUAUCAUAUACUGUACAGAAUGAAGGUGUAAGGGGAAUAUACAAAGGGAUGUCAGUUCCAAUGCUCACCGUGUCCAUUGUAAACUCAAUCUUCUUUGCCAGUUACAGCUCUUGUUCAAAGUAUCUGCAUCCACAAGAAUCACCAGUUCCCUAUCACAUUGUCGCCAUCUCUGGAGCGGUGGCAGGUGCAACCAUUUCAGUAUUGUUGGCACCUAGAGACUUGAUAAAGUCAAAGCUUCAAGUGCAAUCAUCGAUCAGAUUGCCAACGUCAUCAUCAUCUCACUUGAACAAUCAUUCAUCAACUGCCUUCACAUCCGAUACUGUUGGAGGCAACAAGACUACAGCGUCGAAAGGCUCACAAAAAGGGACACAAGGACCAAUAUCAUUGAUCAAGAACAUAGUGAAACGAGAAGGAGUACGUGGAAUGUCGAGAGGUCUGAGUGCCACACUACUCCGCGACAUACCAGGCGACAUGAUCUACUUUACAGUGUAUGAAUACGUCAAGCGACACUUGUCCGCUGCAGUGUACAAUCAAGAGAAGGUGGCCGCCACUGGCUCACCCAGCGCAUGGGUGGCGAUAGGCGCCGGUGGAUGUGCCGGCAUGAGCUACUGGGCGUCGAUCUAUCCAAUCGAUGUGAUCAAGACAAAGAUACAGACGCAGCCCGAGCCAGCGAUUUACAAAGGCGUGAUCGAUUGCGCCAGACAACUGUACAGGACUGAGGGCAUUGGUGUUUUCUUCCGCGGGUUCUACCCGACCAUCCUACGGGCGUUCCCAACCAGUGCCGCCAACUUCCUAAUGUACGAGACGACCAAGAGUUUCCUCCAAUCAGUCGAGUCUUGA